GUCCUGGUACGCGUCGUUCCCCGCUCUAGCUAGUAGGCAGCUAGCUAGCGCUGUUCCAUCUGAUCUGAACACCGUGAUAUGAUCCGUGGUUCUUGUCCAUCAGGCAACAGGAGGAGAGAGGUGGCCAUCGCCGCUGGCGUGCCGGAGCUGACCCCGCGCGAGCUCAAGGAGGCGACCGCCAAGUUCUCGGCCUCGAGGCUCAUCGGGCGCGGCGAGCACGCCGAGGUGUUCAGGGCGACGCUGCGGGGCGGCAGGGCCGCCGCCGCCAAGAGGCUCAUCAGGGCGCCGCCCGCCGCCGCCGGGAUCCUGCGGGAGCAGGUCGCGGCCGCUUCGAAGCUCCGGCACGAGAACGUGGUCCGGCUGCUCGGCUACAGCAUCACCGCCGGCCUCCCCGUGCUGCUCUACGAGCUCGCCGACGUGGGCACCCUCCACGACGUCCUGCACGGUACGCGACCGCCGCUGGCAGGGCCGAGGGGGGCGCCAGCGCCGGCCAGCACGAGCAUCCGCCGGCCGCCGCCGGCGACCGCGACGCUGGGCUGGGAGCAGCGCGUGCGGAUCGCGCUGGACGCUGCGGCGGGGCUGGCGUACCUGCACGCGGCGGCGGUGACGCACCGAGGCGUCCGGUCCACCAGCGUCCUGCUGUUCCAGGGCUUCAGGGCCAAGAUCGCCGAGCACGACGUGUUCAAGCAGAAGCAGCAGCUGGCUGAUCAGGACCUCACCCAAACCGUGAUCCGGUAUGUGCCCGACACCGAGGUCGGGUACUACCAUCCGAUGGAGCUCAUGUGCUCAGGACGUAAGAUGGACGUGUUCAGCUUCGGGGUGGUGCUUCUGGAGCUCCUGACAGGGAGGAAGCCUCACGACAACACGUUGCCAGGGACAAGGGUUCAGCAAUUCCUCAUGUUCUGGGCACGUCCAUUGCUGGCUCAAGGCAGAGUCGAGGAAUGCAUCGACCCCAAGCUUGGCGAUCAGUACCCUCCUGCCGGAGCUCUCAAGCUCGGGAGAAUAGCUUUGCAGUGCCUGCAGGAUCACCCGGCCAGCCGCCCGUCCAUGGACACCGUGGUCCGAUUGAUCAACCGCGACGUCGUCGUGCGAGACCAGCGUGGCGCGAGGGUCUGAUGGGCGCAUGGUGAUGGUGGUGACUUUGUCCAGCGGCAGCACAGGUUGCAGAAGAGAAUCCUUAGUGUGAGGCCAUGAUAACUUUUGGCUCAACUAAUGUUAGUAGUCCUAAGAGUCUAAUUAAGAGAGUUAUCGGUGAUGUUAAUUUUUAUCUGGAUCUCUAGAAGAGUGGUGUGUACGUAGUCCAUCUCC